GUACCUUUCGGUAAGUACUUUUCUUACCCUUUGUUUUGUACGCAGAGGAAAUUGAAUUCUUUUAAGAACAAGCAUAGUGAAGAAUCCUAACCAACAAGAAUACCUCUGCGCGGUACUGGUUCGAUGUAGUAUCGUCGACCACAUUUCCUCGAUAUCAAUCAUACACUAACUCCAUAUUCCACUAUCCACCUUCUACUCAACGCUUCGAGCUUGAGUACCGGCACACUGUCAUCAAAGCUGCUUUAUCCCCUCCAUUUAUGCUCUAUCUUCUCAUACUCCCACACUACAACAUCUCCCUUUCAUCCUCCAGCAAUUAUCACCCAGCCUGCGAAAUCAAACACCAUGGGCUACCUAAGUGACUGGAAGAAGGGGAAAAGUCCGCACAGAUAUCGGGAAAGUCGAAGGAGCGAAAAGAAAUCCGACGAGGCAACGAAAUCAAUAAAUCAAGACAGCAAAGUAGACAAUUCCAAGAAGGACGUCAAGUCUGCAACGGUCAAUGUCGGCGGUCAUGAAGAUGUUAAUUAUCAUGUCAACUACGACAGCGAUGAUGAAAACGAGGCGCUCUGUCUCGAAAACACGGCCAUAGCCGGUGGUGGUGAAGAUGUUAGUCAUCAUGUCAACUAUGACAGCGAUGAUUAGAAUGAGUCGGUCUGUUCCGAAAACACAACCGACAAUCAUAGUCCGG